UUCUUCCCACUGAUCACCAAUGUAAGGAACAUUCUUCCCACUGACUAUCAAUGUAAGGGAUCUACUACCCACUGUGCUUAAUGUAAAUUUUAGUUCACAUGGUUAUUUUUCUAUGUCUCACCAGGGUAUUGGAAACCAUUUGAUUUUUUAAUCCAUUGUACAUUCAGUUUCAUCACUACAAAAAGAUAUGGUAAUGGACAUAAAAAAUGAGACUAAAGUGACCAUGUUUGAGUUUUCUGGACUAACUAAUGAUAAAGAACUUGUCCCAUUCCUAUUCAUGUUCGUAUUUUUAGUUUAUCUGGUGACCCUGGUAGGAAACAUGGGGAUAAUAGCUAUUGUGUUUGUCUUCUCCAGUCUUCACACUCCAAUGUAUUACUUCCUGAGUAGUCUCUCUUUGGUGGAUAUCUUCUACUCCUCGGUCAUCACUCCAAAUAUGUUGUCUCAAAUCCCUUCCCUUAAAAAGUCCAUUUCAUUUCUUGGUUGUGCUGCCCAAUGUUACUUCUUUUGUGCAUUAGGGUGCACAGAAGUAAUUCUUCUCUCCUCCAUGUCCUAUGACCGCUAUGUGGCUAUCUGCCACCCUCUCCACUACACCUUGAUAAUGACCAAGAAGAAAUGUUUUGGCUUGGUCCUUUAUUCCUCCUCCAUUAGUUUCUUGCAGUCGAUUGUGCAGACCAGUUGUGUGUUCAGUCUUCCAUUCUGUGGAUCGAACCUUAUUGACCAUUUCUACUGUGACAUCCCACCACUGAUCAGGUUAUCCUGUUCCGAUAAUCUCCAUUGUGAUAUGGUAACUGGCGGACUUGUAGCGGCUUUUGGAAUAUAUACAUUGACAACCAUCUUUAUUUCAUAUGCUUUAAUAUUUCGUUCCAUUUUUAGGAUGACUUCAACUAAGAGCAGGCAGAAGGCCUUCAGUACAUGUUCCUCACAUAUUAUUUGUGUCUCGGUCUUUGUUACAGCUAUUUUCUUUGUGUAUCUUCGUCCUCAUUCUGGGGGAUUUGACAAACAAGACAAGGUGGCCUCUGUCUUCUAUACAGCGGUGUCCCCAAUGUUGAAUCCUCUUAUCUACAGCCUGAGGAACCAAGAGGUGAAGCGGGUUCUUGCUCAAGCACUGCAAAAACAUUUUUGAUAUAGAUUUAAUGCAGCUCAUCUGUAAAGUGCCUGGUACACUUUCUUUAAACUACACACAUUUAUUAGAACAUAUAAAACUGCUAAAAUAAACAUAGCGCCCUCUAGUGUGCAACUAGUGUUGGUAAAUGUAUUUUGUGACUCGUGGUAGUUGGCAGGGUGGCAGGAUCAGCCCUUAGGUAUCAUAGAGCCUGGCCAGCGGGGGAGUCAGGUGGAAGAUGGAGCGCUGAGGUUGGUGUUGUGAGGCCUAGGAGGGGACCCUGGGGCUGGGGGGCUCUGUCUCCAGGCUCAAUCUGAGGAAAAGGGAAGAGAGGAAGCCUAAGAGAUGGAUCUCCGUUAUCUUUGGGUCUUGUGCAAAAGACAUCCUGAGGCCCGAAGACAGGCUU